CCCAACCUGGCCGCGGCACGCAGCAGGCGCCCAAGAAACUCUAGUCAGAGAGAAAAGCACUAGCUUUCGCUCUGCCCCCUGCCCCACCCCAGGGGCGGGACUGUAGAGGCGCCUGAAAGGGAAGUUGUUCAGUCAACUCGGAAUAGGGGUAGCAACCCGGAAAGUGGAACCACAGUCUUGGUCUAGGCAGACCCUUUCCCCUCUCUACCAAAGACCGCAGCCCCGGAAGUCACUCCAUCUCCUGCAGCUGGCAAUUUCCAGCGGCCCCCUCGUACCUUCCAGCCUGAUGUCUCACGUCAAGUUAUGACGAGGAAUUGGAGAACCACAGGCUCGUCGGCUCAGGCGGGUUCGGCACCGUGUUCCGGGCGCAUCACAGGAAGUGGGACUGCGAUGUGGCGGUCAAGAUCGUGAACUCGUGAGUGACCCGGGUUGCCCGCCGGCCAAGGUCUGGGCAAAAAGGUGGAGCCGCGGUGCUCUGGGACCUGAAUGGGGAAGGGAGGGAUUCUCCCGGGACCCCGGUGCGACUCCAGCUCUCUCCUGGAGUGUAGGAAGGCGAUAUCCAGGGAGGUCAAGGCCAUGGCAAGUCUGGAUAACGAAUUCGUGCUGCGCCUGAAAGGGGUCAUCGAGAAGGUGGGGUGGGACGAUGAUUUCAGGCCGGCUCUGGUGACUGAAUUCAUGGAGAACGGCUCCCUGUCGGGGCUGCUGAAGCCCCAGUGCCCUCGGCCCUGGCCACUCCUUUGCCGCCUGCUGAAAGAAGUGGUGCUCGGGAUGUGUUACCUGCAUGAGCAGAACCCGGUGCUCCUGCACCGGGACCUCAAGCCAUCCAACAUCCUGCUGGACCCAGAGCUGCACGUCAAGCUGGCAGAUUUUGGCCUGUCCACAUUUCAGGGAAGCUCACAGUCAGGGACAGGGUCCAGGGAGCCAGGGGGCACCCUGAACUACUUGGCCCCAGAACUGUUUGUUAAUGUAAACCGGAAGGCCUCCCCAGCCAGUGAUGUCUACAGCUUUGGGAUCCUGAUGUGGGCAGUGCUUGCUGGAAGAGAAGCUGAGUGGCCGACUGAAGCAUCACUGGUGUAUGGAGCAGUGUGCAAGAGGGAGGGCCGGCCCUCACUGAACGAGCUGCCCCAAGCCGGGCUUGAGACUCCCGGCUUGGAAGGACUGAAGGAGUUAAUGCAGCUCUGCUGGAGCAAUGAGCCCAAGGACAGACCCUCCUUCCAGGAAUGCCUACCAAAAACUGAUGAAGCCUUCCAGCUGGUGAAGAACAAUGUGAAUGCUGCUGUCUCCACAGUAAAGAAUUUCCUGUCUGAGCUCAGGAGCAGCAAUAGGUCAGGCCAAGGAAAGACAGAAAUGGAUGGCUUUGGGAGAACCACAGGAAGGCAGCACUGUUAUGAUGAUUUCAUAGAUUCUGACCUGCUAAAGGAACUGAAUCUAGAGGAGUCUUCCAGCUGUGUUCCUGAAAAUUACCCGAGCCUUACCAAGAAGAGCAGGGCACAAGAGGAGCAGAUUCCGCAAGCUAGGACAGCAGGGACAUCUUCAGAUUCAAUGGCUCAACCUCCCCAGACUCCAGAGACCUCAACUUUCAGAAACCAGACGCCCAGCCCCACCUCAACUGGAACACCAGGUCCUGGACCCCAAAGGAAUCAGGGGGCUGAGAGACAUGGCAUGAACUGGUCCUCCAGGAACCCAGAGCCAAAUCCAGUAACAGGGACACCAUCUAUUACCUUACACGACUGCUCUGGGGUGCAAAUUGGAAACAACAACUGCUUGACUAUGUUACCGAUGAGAAGGGAAACCCCCUCCUCUCCUCCCACUUCCCAGCCGCCACCUCCUCCUCCCCACCGGAUGGGAAGGAGGGUGAAAAAAAUAAAAUAGACUGGUCACAGUGGCUCAUGCCUGUAAUCCCAGCACUUUGGGAGGCCUAGGUGGGUGAAUCACCUGAGGUCAUGAGUUCGAGACCAGCCAUGGGGAAACCCCAUCUCUAAAAUAAAAUAAAAUACCAAAGAACUGGGAAGAACCUUUUCAGUUCCGAGUGUCUCUGCUAUCUGUAAGCCUUGAAAGAGUUGCAAAUGAAUGUUAUCCCUACCAGCUGGAGCCUGGCAUUGGGUCAGCCCCCACAACUGCACGGUGGGCUCCCUCCUGGAAACACCUCUGCCAACAAAUAGUUUACUGCCUUUGUCCAGUCUCUGUAAGCCCUCUCCACUGCCUGUUCCCACUCCCACUGCAUAUGAAUUAGCAAAUCAGUGAAGCCAAAGGAUUGUAAGGUCGGAUGUCCAGCAAAUGGACAUUGACAUAGUUUCACCUCAGUUUCUCCCUUUAGUAUUGUAAGCCUCUAAAAGGGGAGAGAAGCUGCUUCUGGGGAGCUUGGUGGUGAAUGAGGCUGUAGCCCGCUGCAGCUCCGGGCCAAACAAAAAGCCAUUUCCUUCCUCAGUUUGGUGUUCCAAAGGUUUGUUUCUCACCACUCAUGCUUCACGGACAACUGCCUUGCCCACCCAGGGUCUGGCACCUUUGGGCCUGGGCAGAGGCUGGCAGCACCCCCCACCAGUAGGUUUGCAAGAAGGCCCUAAAGAACCUGAAGCCUGGAGUAAGCCACAGAGUGGGUAUAAUCAUAGUGGGAAAUCAAGCACCUUCUGAGCCUGCCUCCAAGAGUUAAGAGUUAAGGAAGAGCACCACCCGGUGAGGCCCCUGACUUCCUUUCAGGGCAGUCUGGCCUGCCCACAAGCUGACUUUGUGAUCUGUCCCCCAGGAGUCAAUAAACAUGAUGGAAUGCUA